AUGGAGAUCCGACCAGACAGGUUUAAGGCGGUUGCAGCCAAGAAUCUGGGAAAGAUACACAGAAUCCUAGAAAAGCGUCAGCCCAAUGGCGAGACCAUCGAGCUUUCGGCCGAGGGCCGCCCAGAGCUUGUGGAGGAGAAGGAGAUGCCCGUGGUGGACUGCACCUGCUUCGGCCUUCCCCGUCGCUACAUCAUCGCCAUCCUCUCAGGCCUGGGCUUCUGCAUCUCCUUCGGCAUCCGCUGCAACCUGGGCGUGGCCAUCGUCAGCAUGGUCAACGACCACACCGUCUGGAAGGGCAACAAGGAGGUCCUGGUGGCAGCACAGUUCAGCUGGGAUCCAGAGACCGUGGGGAUGAUCCACGGGUCCUUCUUCUGGGGAUACAUCGUCACACAGAUUCCCGGAGGUUUUAUAUGUCAAAAAUAUAAAGCUAACAAAGUGUUUGGCUUCGCCAUAGUGGCCACAUCCACUCUCAACAUGCUGAUUCCAUCUGCUGCUCGUACACACUACAGCUGUGUCAUACUAGUCAGGAUAUGCCAAGGCCUCGUCGAGGGCGUAUCUUACCCAGCAUGCCAUGGGAUCUGGGCCAAAUGGGCCCCGCCUCUAGAGAGAAGUCGACUGGCCACAACAGCAUUCUGUGGUUCCUAUGCGGGAGCUGUGGUGGCCAUGCCUCUUGCUGGGGUGUUGGUUCAGUAUGUAGGGUGGCCUUCAGUCUUCUACGUCUAUGGCAGUUUUGGGAUAGCAUGGUAUCUGUUCUGGAUCCUGGUGUCGUAUGAAAGCCCGGCAGCCCACCCCACUAUCACCCCUGAGGAGAGGAAGUACAUCGAGGAGGCCAUCGGAGAGUCAACAGGUUUUGCCAAUCCUCUACAGAAAUUCAAAACCCCGUGGAGAGCAUUCUUCACGUCCAUGCCGGUGUACGCCAUUAUCGUAGCCAACUUCUGCAGGAGCUGGACUUUCUACCUGCUUCUCAUCAGCCAGCCGGCCUACUUCGAGGAAGUGUUUGGCUUUGAGAUCAGCAAGGUGGGGAUGGUGUCGGCCUUGCCACAUCUGGUGAUGACCAUCAUUGUGCCCAUCGGGGGACAGCUGGCCGACUACCUUAGAACACACAAAAUCAUGACCACCACCAACGUCAGGAAGCUCAUGAACUGUGGAGGGUUUGGAAUGGAGGCCACCUUCUUGCUGGUGGUGGGAUACUCUCACACCAAGGUCAUGGCCAUCUCCUUUUUAGUCAUCGCUGUGGGCUUCAGUGGAUUUGCCAUCUCAGGUUUCAACGUGAAUCACUUGGAUAUUGCUCCCCGCUAUGCCAGCAUUUUGAUGGGCAUUUCCAACGGAGUGGGCACCUUGUCGGGUAUGGUGUGCCCUCUUAUAGUGGGCGCCAUGACCAAACACAAGACACGUGAAGAUUGGCAGGGUGUCUUCCUCAUCGCUUCAGUUGUUCACUAUGGUGGAGUGAUUUUCUAUGGCAUCUUUGCGUCAGGGGAGAAGCAGCCGUGGGCGGACCAGGAGGACACUAGCGAUGAGAAGUGUGGCAUCAUCGACGAGGACGAACUGGCCAAUGAGACGGAAGAGAUGUACCGCACAGGCGGAGGGGGGCAGUACGGAGCCAUGAGCCAGCCAACAGCGGGCCCCAACGGAGGAGGGGGGGCUGGGGGCGGGGCAGGGUGGGUCCAGGACUGGGAGAAGACGGAGGAAUAUGUUCAACCUCCUGGGUACAACCAGUAUCUCUACAGAGGGGAGGGAGAGAGGGAGCUCACAUAA